AUGCCACGCGACGGGACCGGAAAAGCUCACAAUGCCGUCGAUGAGAAUGCGACCCAAAUCAUCCAUGGCGACGACCAGCCCGGCAGCAACAUCGACAGGUCGGGCAAGGCUGCACCUCCUCCCAAGACAGAGCAGGGCGAGGCCAUCGAGGGCAUGAAGGCGAGCGGGGGAGGUUCGCAGGGGCUCGCUGAGGGACCCAGCCGGGGACGGAGGCGGAUCAAAGGCUGUCUAGGUAGUUAG